UAAAUAUGGAAAUUAUCCAACAGAAAGCACAAACUCACUCACUAACAGAGCAAACACAGUAGUAGAGCACGAGAAAGCCAAAGAAGAAGAAGAAGAAGAAGAAGAAUGUCGAAAGAGGGAGAGACUGUAUGCGUAACUGGAGGGAGCGGUUGCAUAGGUUCAUGGCUCGUCCAUCUGCUUCUCCAACGUGGCUACACAGUCCACGCCACCGUCAAAAAUCUCAAUGAUGAAAAGGAAACGAAGCAUCUAGAAUCCCUGGAAGGAGCAGAGUCCCGUCUUCGACUUUACCAGAUUGACCUUCUCCACUACGAUUCCAUCGUCGCUGCUGUCGCCGGCUGUGCCGGCGUUUUCCAUUUGGCCUCUCCUUGCAUCGUCGAUCGAGUUCAAGAUCCUCAAGGGCAGCUUCUGGAUCCGGCGAUUAAAGGAACGUUAAACGUGUUAACGGCCGCAAAGGAGAAAGGAGUUAAGCGCGUGGUCGUCACUUCUUCUAUCUCUGCUAUUACUCCUAAUCCUAACUGGCCUGCUGACGUCAUCAAGUCCGAGGAUUGCUGGACUGAUGUUGACUACUGCAACCAAAAUGGAUUAUGGUAUCCAUUAUCAAAGACACUAGCUGAGAAAGUUGCAUGGGAGUUUGCAAAGGAGAAGGGGUUGGAUGUGGUGGUGGUGAACCCAGGUACAGUGAUGGGUCCUGUUAUUCCACCAACUAUAAAUGCUAGCAUGUUGAUGCUUGUGCGUCUUCUUCAAGGUUGCACAGAAACAUACCAGGACUUCUUUAUGGGAUCUGUCCAUUUUAAAGAUGUAGCCAUGGCUCAUAUCAUGGUAUAUGAAAACCCGUCUGCAUCUGGCAGGCACUUGUGUGUUGAAGCUAUAUCUCAUUAUGGUGACUUCGUGGCCAAGGUUGCUGAACUAUAUCCUGAAUAUAAGGUUCCUAGGUUGCCAAAGGAUACCCAACCAGGGUUAUUAAGGGCAAAGGAUGGAGCUAAAAAGCUGAUGGAGUUGGGUUUAGAAUUUAUUCCCAUGGAGCAAAUCAUCAAGGAUGCUGUGGAGAGUUUGAAGAGCAAGGGCCUCAUUCCUUAACAGAAUACAUGAUGUACAAACUGAUAAUUAGCAAGGAAUUGAUGAAUAGAACAGCUGUUAGCCCCUCUCUUUCAGCAGCAGGUUUGCAGGCAAAUUUCUUAAAAUCUCUUUAAAUUCAAUAUCUCCUUCCUAAUUUCUGAA